AUAAUAAUUAAUUAAAAUAAAAAUAAUAAACAAAUAAAUUUAAAACACUAACCAACUAACUAACUACCUUACUAAAAAAUAAAUAAACUAAUAAACUUUCACUAACUAAAAAUGAUAUAGCAAAUGGAUUAAUACAUUUCAAUGUAAAACGAAAGCUCCUCUGAAAUAAGCGACAUCGAAACUAGAUCUCCUUCUCACUCUUUUGAAGAUAAUUUAAAAUAUUAUUCUGACAUUUAUGAAGUACUCUCAAAAGAUUAAAUUAAAUAAGAAUAUGAGUAGCUAUAAAAAUCAAACUUUGUUAAAAACAUCAUUCGCUCCUUUUACCUCUUCAUUCUAGAAAGUGGAGAUGAAAUAGUUAUUGAAUCUAUGUUUGAAAAUCAAGAAAAGGGAAUCAUACAAAUAAGAAAGGAGUUUUAGACUUUCACAAGAUAAAAAAAAUUUAAUUAAUCCACACUAAAUUCUUUGAUAAAUAGCAAAAGAUUUGGCAAGAUAUUUUACUACUUCCUUAAGUAUUACAUAUACGACUGGGUCAUUUCUAGAUCUGUCAAAGACUUAAAAAGCCACGUUAUUUUUAUCACAUACUUGAAAAAGUAGCUUGAAUAAAACAUCGAAAACUAAUAAUUUGACUGA